AUACUCUCCUCUAGACCGGCCACAUGUGCCAGCACCUACAUCCAUCAAUUCCAACUUUCCAAGUGAGGCGUACAGAAUCAUUUCCAUCGCAGAAAUUAAGCAAAGACCCGAUCACACACUCACUCACUCGAUCACCUACCUAGCCGCUCUGCUGCUGACACCACCAAACACACAUACACACUAGCUAAGCUGCUGCUGCUGCUUGCUUUGUCAUGGCGUCGCCGAAGAAAGCAAAGCCGCGGGCGAGGCGGCCCCUGCUGCUCCGGCGAGCCAUGCUGCAUUCCUCCCUCUGCUUCCUCCUCGGCCUCCUUGCCGGCCUCGCCCCGGCCUUCCGCUGGACCCACGUAGCAUCAACCGCGGCCACCGCCCACGUCUUCCGCGCGCUCCACGCCGUCGACGGCGCCUUCAACCACACCGUGCUCCUGCUCCAGCAACAGCAGCGGCAGCUGCAGCACGGACCCGUCGACGUCGCCGUCACCGCCCUCCCCUCGCCGCCGCCAGAGCCGGAGCCGCUGCGCCAGCCGCAGCUGCUGCUGGUCGUGACGGCCACGGAGCGGUCGGACCCGGAGAGGCGCGCAGCAGGGCUCACCCGCGCGGCGCACGCACUCAGGCUCGUGCCCCCGCCGGUGCUGUGGCUGGUGGUGGAGCGGGCGACGGAGGCCCCGGACACGGCGCGGCUGCUGCGCGGCGCCGGGGUGUCGUACCGGCACCUGACCUACCCCGAGAACUUCACGGCAGACGGCGUCGGCACGGAGAAGGAGCGGCACCACCAGCGGAACGUGGCGCUGGGGCACGUGGAGGAGCACCGCCUGGCCGGGGUCGUGCUCUUCGCCGGCCUCGGCGACGUCUACGACCUCCGCUUCUUCGACCAGCUCAGGCAGAUCAGGACGUUCGGUGCGUGGCCGGUAGCGACGGUGUCGGAGCGCGAGCGGAAGGCGACGGUGGAAGGGCCGGUGUGCGGAGGCUCGCCGUCGGCGGUCAACGGCUGGUUCUCCACGGCCGACGCGACGCCGACGGUGAGGGCGGCGAGGCCGCCGGCGGGCACCGUGGACGUGGCGCGCUUCGCGUUCGGCAGCGCCCUGCUCUGGAACCCGCACCGGUGGGACCGCUUCCCCGUCUCCGAGCCCGACGCCUCACAGGAUUCGGUAAAGUUUGUGCAACGAUUGGCCGCAGAGGAGUACAACGAGUCGAGAGGAAUGCCCGAUCCCGACUGCUCGGAGAUCAUGGUGUGGCGUGGAGAUCAGCUCGUCGCUACCUAGAUUGCUCUGGAUAAAUGAUAAUCAUAAUAUACAUAUACCUACCCACAUACUCCCUCCGUUCCAAAUUACGUACUUGUCGUGGUUUUUGUUCAAAUUGUAAUUUGAAACAGAGGGAGUACAUGUCUAUGCACGUUGAUCGCAACACGGCUAAGCAGGUUUUGUUAGCUACCCAUUACUAGCAGCUCCAAAUACGGGGGCAAAAUGAUAAUGUAAUAGCCCUCGCAAAAAAAUGAUACUGUAAUAGGUAAUCAAGUAGCUUUCCGUGCACAAUGAUCAUGCAUGCAAUUUUGUCUUUUGCCACUAAUAUAUAUACAUAAAAAUGAUUGUUGCCUUA